AUGGUCAAUUUUGGUAAGGAAUUGUACGAUCUCUUCGCGCCGAGUGCCGACAAAGGCGAAGAUGGCCGUGAUGUUUGGGGCUCUCGUAUAUCCUUUAUCUUCGCCGCGAUGGGGGGGGGGGGGCACAUCGGUCAAGCGUACAGAGGAGGCUGCGUCCUUGCGUGGCAUCAUGCAAACAAGCGUGCCGAGGGUGUUGGAUUCGGCGUCGUCUAUAUCGGUUAUGCGAUUGUUAUCUACUACGUUCCGAUCAUCGCCUGGAUAAUGACAUACUUUCGGUACUCUUUUCACAAUCCACUACCAUGGACGGGAAGAAAUACCGAGUUCUCCGAAGGAAGCGUCCUCCAGAAUGUCGACCCUAUCGCUGGAAACUUGACGGCAGAUGGCAGCGCAGUUCAAGACUACACAGCUUGUCCAGGUUUGGGCAUAGUCACGGAGACUACAUUAUGGAACCUCUUCACAUGGUUUGUCGUUUGGCUGUGUAUGUUCAAGGGCAUUGGACUUACUGACCGAGUGGUGUAUCUCACAAUGGCGAUGCCAAUCAUUCUCAUAAUCGUUCUUAUCGGACGCGGCUGCUCUCUGCCGAAUGCCAUCGAUGGCAUCAGAAUAUACUGGACCGAGUGGCAUGGUGAAAAGCUUGCCUCGGGCACCAUUUGGCAAGAGGCUUGCGGUCAAAUUCUUUUCAGCACUGGCAUUGGCAUGGGAUACUACACGAGUUAUGCUUCCUACAACUCUAAGUACUCGAAUGCAGUUCAGGACGCUCUAAUCAUCUGCAUCUCUAACUCUCUUAUCGAGGUUAUUGGCUCGAUGUCUGUAUUCGGAAUCGUAGGGUACCUCGGCAUGCACCCCGACACCAGCGAAAGACUCAACACCUUUGUCGUCGGAUUCCUCACAUACCCGGAGGCCAUCGCCGAGAUGCCUGGUGCAAACGUUUGGGGCGUGCUCUUUGCCACUCUCUUCAUUGUCGGGCUCGGAUCAGCGUUUGCACUCCUGGAGACUUUGGUGACCAUGGUUUGCGAUACAGACUGGGGCAAGAAGUUCUCCCGGCCUUAUGUGUCGUCCAUCAUAGUUGCUGCCUCCUUCCUCAUCUCACUGCCAUUCUGCACAGAGUUUGGAUACAUUCUCUAUGGUGAGGCCGUGUGUGAUACCACGCUCUACCGAUACCGCGAUGUUGUUGACCAGUGCGGCCUUCUAUCUUGGCGCUUGGACAACAUCUUUGGCUACAUUGGAGGUACGGUGAUUGGCCUCGUUAUCGCCCAUACGGUAUCUCCUGAAGCCGGCACAGGUGCUGGUCUUGGGAUAUUUAUCGUCAGCAUGAUCUCUUCAGUGCUGUCUUCUUCCGACCCUCCAGCCUACACACCUAGAUUCUUUUCGAAGAAUACUCCUUCAAGACGCUUUUGGUAUUUGACAUCCUACUCUUGGAAGAUCCCGGCUAUUUGGGGUUUCAUUCUCAAGUAUAACACGGCGCCGAUUGUGGCGAUCAUUUUCUCCCUUUCCUAUCCCAACUUCUAUGCCAAGAACCGGAUGGACCCGCUGCACAUUGCUGGGUUUGCCUUUAUGCAUAUUGUACUUGUCAGUUCCCUCGUUGGGCUGAUCAUGCCCCGCUGGUUCAAUGUUUUCGUUCCUGAACACAAGAAGCUCGAGGGUGACUAUCCCGUCAUGCCUGGCAUCAUCUUCUCGAGAGCCAACGCAGAAGGAACAUUAGAUAUUGAUGGAAUGCCGCACAACGCCCAUGACACUAUCCUGAGGCUCGAGGAAUUAGCGGCGAGGAGAACCUGGCACGAGAGAGAUCCUCGACCGAGGAAAAGAUCGCUGACAAGCGCCAAUAAACCGAGCAUAUACAUGAAGUCAUGCGGCUGCCCCAGUGCAGCUGCGACAGAGACCUUCACAUUCGGCUGCGACAAGAGUGCCUGUCCUAGGGUGGGCUGCAGCACCAGCUACACCAUUGUCUCUGGCGAAGAGGCAUGCACAGGUAGUGCAAGUGUGUCUGCCACGGCGGCGACGACCGAUGUGGUCACAGUGACGACGACGACACAAGCGACUACGGCCGCUACUGGCUCACAAGCCGGCACAGCAUCAGGUGCUUCGGGCUCUUCAGCUUCUCCUAGUGCGACGCCGAAUGCGGCUGGACGACUGGCAAUUCCAUUCAAGUUUUGGUAG